AUGUCGAUAUUUUUUUCCUCCUAGGUUUACCAACACUUACCUUGGAUCAUCUCUUGAAAAUCGUAACAGCUCCCCCCAAAAAAGUGACAUUUGAUCGGAAAGAACAAGCUGUGACAGAUGGACAAUAUGUCUAUUACUAACACACCAACAAGUAAUGAUGCUUGUCUGAGCAUUGUCCACAGCUUGAUGUGCCACCGGCAAGGCGGAGAGAGCGAGACUUUUGCCAAACGUGCCAUCGAGAGUUUGGUCAAAAAGCUGAAGGAGAAAAAGGAUGAGUUGGAUUCUCUGAUUACGGCCAUCACCACAAACGGAGCUCACCCGAGCAAGUGCGUGACCAUCCAGAGGACGCUGGACGGGAGGCUGCAGGUGGCCGGCCGCAAGGGAUUCCCUCACGUCAUCUACGCCCGCCUCUGGAGGUGGCCCGACCUGCACAAGAACGAGCUCAAGCACGUCAAAUACUGCCAGUACGCUUUCGACCUCAAGUGCGACAGUGUCUGCGUCAACCCCUACCAUUAUGAGCGCGUGGUGUCGCCUGGCAUCGAUCUCUCAGGACUGACGCUGCAGAGCUCAGCCCCGCCCAGCAUGCUGGUGAAGGACGAGUACGUGCACGACUACGAGGGGCAGCCAUCGCUGGCAUCGGCCGAGGGUCACUCGGUGCAAACCAUCCAACACCCGCCCAGCAACAGGGCCAGCUCGGAGCCCUUCAGCGCGCCCGCCAUGCUGGCACCCGCCGAGGCCAGCACCACCAGCACCACCAACUUCCCCAACAUUCCCGUGGCCUCCACAAGUGAGCUCCUGCCUGGGAUGGGCACGGGGGACGGGCUUUGCCCCUGGGCACUCCUGCCUGGGAUGGGCACGGGGGACGGGGCAUUGCCCUGGGGAUACCACCACAACAGUACCACCAGCUGGACCGGGAGCCGCACGGCCGCCUACACGCCCAGCAUGCCGCACCAUCAGAACGGGCACCUGCAGCACCACCCGCCCAUGCACCCCGGACAUUACUGGCCAGUUCACAACGAGCUCGCGUUCCAGCCUCCCAUCUCCAACCAUCCCGCUCCAGAGUACUGGUGCUCCAUCGCCUACUUCGAGAUGGACGUGCAGGUUGGUGAGACCUUCAAGGUGCCCUCCAGCUGUCCCAUUGUCACCGUGGACGGUUACGUGGAUCCAUCCGGCGGGGACCGGUUCUGCCUGGGACAGCUCUCCAACGUGCACCGGACGGAGGCCAUCGAGAGAGCGAGGUUACACAUCGGCAAGGGCGUGCAACUGGAGUGCAAGGGCGAGGGCGACGUGUGGGUGCGUUGCCUCAGCGACCACGCCGUGUUCGUGCAAAGUUAUUACCUGGACCGCGAGGCCGGCCGGGCGCCCGGCGACGCCGUGCACAAAAUCUACCCCAGCGCCUACAUCAAGGUGUUCGACCUGCGGCAGUGCCACCGGCAGAUGCAGCAGCAGGCGGCAACGGCGCAGGCGGCGGCAGCGGCGCAGGCGGCAGCGGUGGCGGGCAACAUCCCGGGGCCUGGUUCCGUGGGUGGCAUCGCGCCCGCCAUCAGCCUCUCCGCCGCCGCCGGCAUCGGCGUGGACGACCUUCGCCGCCUGUGCAUCCUCCGCAUGAGCUUCGUCAAGGGCUGGGGCCCCGAUUACCCGCGGCAGAGCAUCAAGGAGACGCCAUGUUGGAUCGAGAUCCACCUGCACCGGGCACUGCAGCUGCUGGACGAGGUGCUGCACACCAUGCCCAUCGCCGACCCGCAGCCGCUGGACUGAGCCGCAUUUCCUGCAUCGUUGCAUUUCUCCUCGCUCCUGGAUUUCAGUUCUUUGCGCGACUCGGUAAAGACUUGGCAGCGUUGGGUUGGUUCCCAUUGAAACUCUCAUUGAAACUCUCCCAUUGAACAGCAUUGGGUUGGUUCUCAUUGAAACUCUCCCAUUGAAACUCUCCCAUUGAAACUCUCCCAUUGAAACUCUCCCAUUGAACAGCAUUGGGUUGGUUCUCAUUGAAACUCUCCCAUUGAAACUCUCCCAUUGAACAGCAUUGGGUUGGUUCUCAUUGAAACUCUCCCAUUGAAACUCUCCCAUUGAAACUCAUUGAAACUCUCCCAUUGAAACUCUCCCAUUGAACAGCAUUGGGUUGGUUCCCAUUGAAACUCUCCCAUUGAAACUCUCCCAUUGAACAGCAUUGGGUUGGUUCCCAUUGAAACUCUCCCAUUGAAACUCUCCCAUUGAAACUCAUUGAAACUCUCCCAUUGAAACUCUCCCAUUGAACAGCAUUGG